GGUUUUGUUGUUGUUCUUCGUCGCGGUUGCUGUCGGGAGUUUGAUUGCAGCCAAAGCGGACGUCAUAAAUCUUUAUCACCUGCUUUCAGGCCAGGCCCAGGCCACAAGUUGUGCAUCCUUACACCCACCAACUAGGCCUAAUCGCAGCCGUAUAAAAGUGUCGUGUUUAUCAAAAGUAAAUCUAACGAAAGCAAUUGUUUUUGUGAGCGAGAUUAUUUUGUCGUCCGAGAAGACAGACACCCUUCCCUUCCGAUUAUUGGACAUCAGCAGUUGAUGCCGAUGCGAUUUCGGGCCAGACUGAAUCGACUCUCGGUCGAGGUGACAUCGUCCGUUCGUUGGCGUCUCGUCUGGGUCGAGGUCUGUGGCUUAGCUCGUUAGAAUUUUAGAAAGUUACCAGUACUAUCAGCCAGCCAUCGCCCGUUAUCAGCAGCACCGAGCGUGAUUUAUUUGAGUGAAAAGCCAACGAGAAUUGCAUUCGAGCUUUUGCUUUUGAGAUCGAGUCGUUUCAGAGAUUUUUGUUCAAAUAGUCAAAUAUUUGCGCGUACUUGGAGAAGCAGUGUGACAAGUGUGUUAUCAGUUGUUUUCGAUGUGUCUCCGGGUGUAACGGUGGUUCAGUGAAAGAUUGUCGAACUCGUGGUUCAGUUAACAGCUUACACCUGUGAAGAUGGAUAAGCCACCGAAGCCCAGCGUGGGAAACGCUAAGCGCCAUGUCGAUCACGUUGCGUAUUACCACACCUACAAGUACAAUUCGCUGCAGAGGCUCAACAAAUCAAAAAGCAUGCACGGCGUCAAGCGAGUCAUAGCAUUUUGCAUACUAACGGCCGUCCUGCCGGCCUCCCUAAUCAUCCUUCCGCUCUACCUGAGACACACGGUCUUCGCGGAUGUGGUCUACCCGAUCGCCGAGUCGGACAUAAUCGAAAUCCGGGACGGAAUCUCGUCCGUGUUUUGCCAGCGCCACUCGCUCCAGAUGAACUCCAGCUUCAACGCGUUCCAGCUGAACCAGAAACCGGAAAUCUCCCAGAUUCGGAAACACAUCCGGCUAAAGAAGUCCAUGGUGCUUCCGGACGACACACUCGAAUACUGGGGCUUUUAUCUGCUUAAGGGGGCAACGGUUGCGCUGAAGGUUUGCUCCCGAUACGACGGGUCGCGAAUUCUGGUGGUUAAGGGUGAGCGAAAUCUGCGCACGUGUGGCCUGCUCGAGCACAACAAGAACAAGUUUGGUCCGCACUUUAACAGCGAGCAUGGCCAAGUUUUGGUCACGUUUGAAUCCGCAGCGGAAAUAGUAGACUCGUCCAGGAGUAAUAAAAACAAUUCGGGCUACUACACUUCUCCAGAUCUAGGAAACCAUGGUGGUGAAGAUUUGACCGACGAAGAUAUGGCCACCUCAGAGACUGCAGUUCCGGUGCCGGCGAAGCAUUCCAAGUAUGGGUCCGUGUUGAAAAAUACGCUAAACUCGAGACAGCACAAAACCACGACAGAGGCAACGACACGAACGACGAUAGCAGGUGAUAACAAGGUCCGCAAGCGUCAUCGAGGUGGGCCACCAAAGCCCGAAGAAACAGUCGUUGGUAGGCCUCAGGAAGAGGACGAAGUUCAACAGCAGCGACGAAGACGCCAUCACGGCAAGCACGGGCACCGUGAUAAGAUAAGCCAACCAAUUGGGGAAGUCACGGGACAUUCGGAGGCUGAACGCACCAGGGCAAAGCGUGACACCAUUUACGACCGGAAGAUAAACCACGGCGGCAACGCAAUGAACAACUCGAACAACACGUCGGACUCGGUUUCGAGCUUUGAAAACAGUUUGCUAACCUGUUACGAUGGCGAUAUUCUGCUGGCCAAAAGUUUCCCGCCGAGCCACCUGUGCCAGGACGUGCAAUACCUUGAAAGUGGCCUGCACAUGGUCACGAAGCAUGAAAUCGCCUCGGAUGGUUAUUAUUACUACAUAUUCUAUUCUGACAACGAUUACGUUCAGAACGACAUCCAUGCCGUUUUCGACAUUUAUAAGCCAACCUAUCAGUAUGCCAACAUCUCGGAAUCGAAGGGUUGCAUCAACAGUACAAACUGCUCGUUCCCGAUUGCAUUCUGGUCGGAUGAGCGCGUCAUCGUUGAAGUUCCAACGCGGGACGGUAUCGAGCACGAGGAAGAUGAUAUUACCCUGUUGAUAUCGACGUGCCAACCUCGGAUGGCCAUUUACAUCAUCUUUCCCAUUUCCGUCCUCUUUCUUGUGCUGACGUGUGCUUUCUUGUAGGCAAGUUUGCAUUUAGAGUUUGUGUUUUGUAUUUCCAAAUUUUAAUUUAGUUCGGCAAGUUUAGUAUGUAUUUGAUAAGAUCAGGUUUUAUUCAGCAUUUUUUUUUUUUCAAACUUUAAAAUUUCGCUAUUUAGAAAAAAAAAUUGCUCAAUAGAAAAUCUGUUGACGCGAGGGUGUCUUUCAGGAACCUUCUUCUGAAUAAUGGACAAUAACGACGUCACAUUACAUAUCACUUACUAUUAGUUUAUUUGGUUUUGAUUAAGCAAGCCAUCAAUUGAGAUUGAAAAAAAUACAAAUUAGUCCCGUAAUAGAGCAAGAUACAAGUUAGGAGUAUCGAAUCAUCCAUAUCAAGUCAAUGCCAAACAUUGAUUUCACAUAUAGUAAUAAAGUUAAAAAAAAAACUCAACAAAAUUGUGUUACCAAAAAGAAACCAAGAGUAAGAGAAUCUAGACUCAGGUAGGAUUGAUAAUAAAACAUUACUAGUCUUUGUGAAGCAGGUACAACUCAAUAAUUUUCAAAACAACUACAAAGUAAAAGAAAAAGUUGCAUUAAGAACCGACCGAACUUAAAACACGAGAGGCUAUAGAAUUAUAUCAAAUUUUAGCAAAUAUUGAUUACUGUAGGUUCAGUAGAUGUGACAAAACUUGUACAAUAUGAAUAUCAAAGUUAAAUAUUUACGCUAGAGAAGUUAUUGCAAAGUCUGGGAGAAUCUUUCAAGUGCAACUAUUCACGCAUUGCAGGAAGACAAAGGAAGAAUUAACAUGUGAUAAGGUAUGCCGUAGUUUGUAUGGGACAAAAAGAAAAUCAUAGAUACAUAAAUGUACUGGAAUAUAUAUAUUUAUUUCAAA